AUGUCACGCAAAUUUAUCACAAAAGCGAUCGAUAAAUUUAAAACUGAGGAAACUAAAUUCUAUGAUGUUAUCGUUUACAUUGGAAAAGAGCCAGAUAUUAAAGAAUUUCAUUCGAACUUUGAAAUUUUGUACGAUAAGUCCGAUUAUUUUAAAGGAAUACUUUCUAAUAAAGAUAUAGAAAAAAAAAAUGGAAAAUAUGUAAUUAAGGAACCAAAUAUCAAUCCUCAAGUUUUUGAUGUAAUUACUAAGUAUCUUUCUACCGGAAAAAUCAACAUUACUAAUAAAACUGGAAUAGAAAUAUUAAAUAUUAUAAUCACUUCUGAUGAAUUAAAGUUGAAUCAAUUGGUAAAGCUCGCAGAAAAUGAACAUCAAAAAUUUUUAAAAGAUGAUCCAGUUAAAAUUUUUCAAAUAAUUUAUUAUCACAAAUCUCUUAACAACAUAAAAGAAUUCUAUUUGGAAAUGAUUUGUCUAGAACCUAGAAUUUUAUUUGAUUCUGCAAAGUUUAUCGAUUUACCUGCUCCUCUAUUGGAAGUUAUUUUGAAACGAAAUGAUUUAAACUUAAUUGAAAUUGAAAUUUGGGAAUAUUUAAUUAAAUGGGGACUAGCACGAGAUGAAAUUCUUAAUGAAGAAGUUUCCAAAUGGAAUCGAGAAAAAUUUAAGAUACUUGAAAGGAUUAUACAUGAGUUUAUUCCAUUGGUUAGAUUUUACGAUAUUUCUUCUGAAGAUUACUUUGAUAAAGUUAGACCUCAUGAAGGAAUUAUACCUGAAAAAUUACAAGAAGAAAAUUUAAAAUAUUAUUUAAUUCCAGGAUAUACACCAAACAAAUAUAUAUCAAGAAAUUGCAUUGAAUCUAUAUUAAUUAACCCAAAACAUACUGUAUAUUUUGUGAAUUGGAUUAAUGGAAUAAUUGGAAAAGCUAGAUACAAAUUUAAACUUUUAUAUAGAGCUAGUAGAGAUGGUAAUACAGCUGCAGCAUUUCAUGCUAAAUGUGAUAACAAAGGGGCUACUGUUGUUAUAGUAAAAAUUAGAAAUUUAGAUCAAAUAGUUGGAGGAUAUAAUCCACUUUUUUGGGAUUCAAGUAAAACUGAUAAGUCUACAAAAAAUAGUUUCUUAUUUAAAUUUACAGACAAAAAUAAUCUUCUAAGUGCAAAUGUGGUUUACAGUAAAGGUGAUCAAUAUUCUGUACGAUGUUAUGUAAGCAGUGGUCCAUUUUUUGGUUUUGGCGAUUUAUAUGUAAAUUAUUAUCCUGAUGUUUGGUAUAGUUAUAUACAUUCUUAUCCAACACUUAAUUUACCAAGCAGUUUCAGUGCUGAUGAUUAUGAAGUAUUUCAAGUUAUUAAAAUAUAA